CUUAAAUCCGACUUAAGCCCCAUGACAGUCCGAUUCUAUGUCAUCCUCACAGGCUGACUGCAUAUAUAUUUAUUUAUCUAGUAAGAGAGGUUACUUGGGACAGUUUUAAACUGUUAUUUAAAUAGUAAAAGUGGAUUUCCGUGGCGGAAAAGAGGAGUGCAUCGCAUCUUCUCCUGCAAAAGGGGACCCAUACGUGCUGGUACUCGAUCGCAUGACUGUCCUGCUGGAUUCAGGACGGAUGGUCACCGUCUUUACAUGAUGGUCGGCCUCUCGGGUGCUGGGCACCAAAUCAACAAUAAUUUUCAAAUGGAAGUGAGAGAAAUGACUACCACUAUGACUACUAGCACACCUACAUCUGCAGAUGCCUGUUUAAGCAUAGUCCAUAGCUUGAUGUGCCACCGGCAAGGUGGUGAAUCAGAAGGAUUUGCAAAAAGGGCCAUAGAAAGUCUUGUAAAAAAACUGAAGGAAAAACGAGAUGAACUCGACAGUUUGAUCACCGCAAUCACAACAAAUGGAUCUCAUCAUAGCAAAUGUGUCACUAUACAAAGGACCCUUGAUGGUCGAUUGCAGGUUGCAGGGAGGAAAGGCUUUCCCCAUGUCAUUUAUGCUAGGAUAUGGCGUUGGCCUGAUCUGCACAAAAACGAACUGAAGCACGUUAAAUACUGCCAGUUCGCAUUUGAUCUCAAGUGUGACUCUGUGUGUGUGAAUCCUUACCAUUAUGAAAGAGUCGUUUCCCCAGGUAUAGACCUGUCAGGUCUGAGCCUUCAGUCUGGGCCGAACCGAGUGAAAGAUGAAUACAGUGUCGUCCCAGGGGCAAUCGAAGUCGAUCAAGAUCAGGCCACGGUCCAGCACCAUGCUCCACAGCAGAUGCAGUAUCACUCGCACCCCAUGCAAGGUUUAGUAAAUGUUGGGGAAGGUGGAACAAGUGGAGUCAGCAGUCCAGGAAGCAGCUACAUGGGAAAAAUAGACUCGAGACCUCCUAGACCACAAGUGGAUAUAAGACCACAGUGGGCACCUCAACAUUCGCAAAUUCACAGGACAAGUGGAUCAGCACCUAGCCCUGUUGUACAGUCUUCUCCAACUGGUAUGGUAUCCCCUACAGAAAAUCAACAAGGAUCUCAACAAACAUUCUACACGAGUAUACCUCAGCAGUCAAUUGAUUCUCAGGAAACCACUCUUUCAGUGACGCUAGUAGCGGAAAGUGGUGCUAGUCCCAUCAGUACGGCUACGGGUACUGCAAGUGUACCUGUUGUGAGCAGCGCCCAGCCGCAAGGCGUGACAACGCUCUCGACGUCGGCCCAAAGCCCUGCACCACCUCCACAAGGCCAACAGCCAGACACUUUCAAUACUGGCAGUCAAGCGGCCUGGAGUGGCUACACGUUGACGUACACCCAGAGCAUGCAGCCGCCGCCUCAACACCAUGGAACAUACUGGGGUCAUGGAGUUGGGUCCGAAAUGGGAGUCAGUGGUGGAUUACUUUCAAACCAACCGGCUCCUGAAUACUGGUGUUCAAUCGCCUAUUUUGAAUUGGACACUCAAGUCGGCGAAACUUUCAAAGUCUCUUCUUCUUGUCCAAAUGUUACAGUUGAUGGUUAUGUCGAUCCUUCUGGGGCAAAUAGAUUUUGCCUUGGAGCUCUUAGUAACGUUCAUCGUACUGAACAGAGUGAGCGAGCAAGACUGCAUAUAGGUAAAGGUGUACAAUUGGACCUACGCGGGGAAGGGGAUGUCUGGCUGAGGUGUCUUAGUGAUCACUCAGUUUUUGUACAGUCGUACUACUUAGACAGGGAAGCCGGGCGAUCGCCUGGAGAUGCCGUGCAUAAAAUCUACCCUUCUGCCUACAUCAAAGUCUUUGACCUGAGGCAAUGCCAUAGUCAGAUGCAACAGCAAGCCGCCACGGCUCAGGCGGCAGCUGCUGCUCAAGCUGCAGCUGUUGCAGGGCACAUCCCCGGACCACACAGCGUCGGUGGAAUUGCUCCUGCUAUCAGUUUAAGCGCCUCGGCAUGUAUUGGAGUUGAUGAUUUAAGAAGGCUGUGCAUCCUACGGUUGAGUUUUGUAAAAGGCUGGGGACCGGAUUAUCCUAGGCAGUCAAUUAAAGAAACACCUUGUUGGAUCGAAGUUCAUUUACAUCGAGCUCUGCAGCUUCUUGAUGAAGUUCUUCAUUCUAUGCCCAUAGAUGGUCUAAGAGGAGUUGAAUAAUUUUAUUUUUUAAAUAAUAUUUCAUUUCCUACGAUAUAUUUCAUGUUUAUAAGUAGAAAAGCUUGUCCUUUAUUGAAUUUAACUUUAUCACUUUGCGAUAUGCCCUCAUAAAAAAAGCCAACUGACAGGUGGCUUUUUAUGUUUGCUUUUUUUGCAUGUAUGUUUUACAUCAACUGGCCAUAAUAUUUGACCCCCUUAUAUUUGUCAAUUUUUAAAAAUAAGUCUUGAUCUUGUAAAUAUUGGUUACAAAUUUUAAUGAAGUUGAGGUAAAAGACAGUUUUUAAAAAUAUUUAUUUGUAUUUAAAUAAUAUUUAUGUUUACCAAACUAAUUAAGUCGUUGAAGACUUAUUUUAUUUUGUAAAUUUUUUAAAUAAUAGAGACGUAGAAAUCAUGUCAAGCCCCAACUCCUGACAAAAUUUUUAAAAAAAUAUUUCAGUCCUUCGAAAUUUUUGUAUAGGAAAAAGAAUGGAAUGAGUGCUUCUUUUUUCUCACUAUUACCACUCCCUCAUUCCCUCUUACUUUGUCCUUUUGAAAAUAUUUAAAGCUAUAGAUUGUUAUAUCGUCUUUAAUAUCACUGUAUUAAAACAAAAAACAAUAUUUGGGAUUUCAUAAAAUUAUAUUUAAAAUUAAUCAGAAAGAUGUAUUAAACUCUAUAUUCUUCAAAAUUUAUCAACAAUGCAUGUAUGGGAAUGAUUUAUAAAAUGGGAGAAAGAGAACUAAUUUCAAGUAUUACGUUUUUACCUAAUGUUAAUGAAAAUUUUACCAAAUAACUGGAUUUAUCAAUAAUAAAAAAGAAUCUCAUUUGUUUGGAUUAAAAAUUCAAAUUUUGUAAUAGAUAUAUAAAUGUUUUUAACCGCAUAAGAAUUGAAAUAGGCAAUUUUUAUGUUUUUUAUUAUACUUUUUUAUUACAAAUUGUUUUGCUUUGUAAAUAUGAUGUUUAUGACUACUUACUAUUUCUAAAUUUGUAUUGCUCAAUACAAUAACAAUGUGUAAACGUAUUUCUCUAUAUAUUAUACGUGUCGUUUAUAUAACAAAUAUUGUUUGAUGAGUCACUUGAAAAUUGUAUGUUUUAAUGUGAAUAUGAUAAAGUGUAAAGAGUUAUAAAAUUUUUGUAUUUGUUCAUAAAAAAAACCUAAUUGAAUACUGUAGUGAAAUACCUAGCUAACUCAAGGCGCAAUAUAAAAUUUAAAAAAAUUUAAAAAAGCAAUAAAAUAUUUAUUGUGAGCUUUUUCAAAAAUUAUUUAUAAGGCUGUAUUUGCUGUGCAUGUAUGUUAUAGUACCACCUACUAUUUGUAAACAAAGGAAAUUUUAAAAAAAAGUUGGGUAUAUUAUUAUUUUCAUAAAAAAAUAUGUAUUAAUUGCCAGCUAAUAGAAAUAAGAGAAUAUUUAGGCCUGCCUGCAUGGAUGAAAGAAGAGCAAAAGAUAUUUUUUAAACAAAAAAAAGGCGUAUUUUAAGCAUUACAAAGCUUCUGUUCCUGUUAAUGGACUUUUUAAAUUGUAUUUUAAGCUUGAAUGUGAAAUGUUAUAUGGAACAGUGAAAAUAAUUUAUAUCAUUAGAACUAGAUUUUGCAUCACAUAUUAACAAAAAAAGUAUGUAUUUAAUAUAUUAAAGAAAAAUAAAUUGAACUAAAUAUAUAGUUCACAGUU